CAACUCCAAGUGGCAUUACUUCCCUCUUUCCUAGCUGACUGACUGAAGAUUGUGUGAAUCUAGUCCGCUGGGGAUUGAACAAAGGACCUCAUGAACGCUAAAUACAUGCUCAACCACUGAGCUGCGUUGUCUCCAUCUUUCAUGCUUACUUGUGAGUGAAUGAAUACAUAACGCAUGGCCCACAUGUAGAAGCUAGAGGACAACUGGAAGGGGGUCUGUUGUCUACUUCCGCCGUAUGGGGACGAGAGACAUGGAACUUAGGUCAUAGGACUUGAUGGCAAGGGCCUCACCUGCUGAGCAUCUUGUCAGCUCGUAAAUGCUCUCUCAAAGGUGUUCUUUACCUAUGAAGCUGGUUGGGUAAUUGGUUUAUUAUGCUUGUUGGCUAUCAAGGCAGCUUCAUGAUCAGCUUUGGAAGUUCUGGUUGAUAAUUUCUCUUUAAAAUGAAUACAAUCAAAAUCCCUUUUGAAUCCAAGGCAGUGAGUAUUGGAUUUCACAUUUCUUCCCCAGCUCUAGAGAAAGUGAUCUUCAGGAGUACCUUACGCAGGACGUGAUCAAAAACAGUUUGGGGCCAGGAAUGCGCUGGUACACCACAGGAAAGAGGAGGGAAGGCCGCUCAGCUUGUUUCGAAGUUUCCUAAAAUUCUCCAGUCUUUCGCUUUAUGCAUCCCAUUGGGUAGAAGGACUGAUGGGAUCCUGCGCUGAGGAACCGCAGGCGGAGUGGUUGUGCGCAGCGGUCCUGCGAGUCCUCGGCUUUCCCGCAGGGGGCAGUGCCGUCUGCCAGUGAGGUUGGAGCGGAGUGGGAACCCGCGCGGAGUUCUGGGGGUUGUUUGCAAAGAAAGUUAGAAGAUGCGUUGGAGUGCGAGCCAGACCCUCGGGCUUUGCGGGAGGGUGAGAGAAGGACCUCCCAGGGUACCCAUGGGGUUCAGCGGAGGGGAUCUGGAUAAGUUUGAGGAGUAGGGCGGUUGCACGAGGAGGGGAGGUACAGUGCCCCGGAAGAUGCAAGCGAGCAGGAGUGUGAAUGCGAGUGUGCGUGCGCGCGCUGCAGUUCUCCCGGUUCCGCGAGGCGCGGGUGUCAGCUUGCAGCCGGGGCUCCUCCCUCCGGCCCCCCUGCCCCGCCGGGCGGUCCCUCCCUCCUUCCCCAUCGCCCCUCCCCGGCGGGCCAGGCGCUGGGACGCCCCGGCCGAGCAGGCGGCUGUGGUGGCGGCGGCUAGUUUGGGAACCCUAGGCUCCGUGCUGCGGGGACGAUCGGGAGCCGAGUGUCUUCUGUCCCGGCUGGGCGGUGUUGGGCCCGCUUCCCACGGAGCCACGCCCUGUCAAAACUUUGUCGCUGCAGCGGCCAAACGAUCGGAGCCGGGCCAGCGAGCGGGAGGGAGGGGCGCCGGGCCGGGCCAGGCAGGGCGCGGGGCUCCGAGCGCAGCGGCCCCGGCCCGUGGCCCCACCAUGCCCCAGCUCGGUGGUGGCCGCGGUGGCGGCGCCGGCGGGGGAGGCGGUGGCUCCGGAGCCGGGGCAGCCAGCGGAGGGGACGACCUCGGAGCGAACGACGAGCUGAUCCCCUUCCAGGACGAGGGGGGCGAAGAGCAAGAGCCCAGCAGCGACAGCGCUUCGGCGCAGCGGGACCUGGAUGAGGUCAAGUCGUCCCUGGUCAAUGAAUCGGAGAAUCAGAGCAGCAGCUCGGACUCGGAGGCGGAGAGGCGCCCGCAGCCCGCCCGGGACGCUUUCCAGAAGCCGCGCGACUAUUUCGCCGAAGUGAGAAGGCCCCAGGACGGCGCUUUCUUUAAGGGACCUGCGUACCCUGGGUACCCCUUCCUGAUGAUUCCCGACCUGAGCAGCCCGUACCUCUCCAAUGGACCCCUGUCUCCUGGUGGAGCGCGCACCUACCUUCAGAUGAAAUGGCCCCUCCUCGAUGUCCCCUCCAGCGCUACAGUCAAGGACACAAGAUCACCGUCUCCAGCACACUUGUCUGGGGAUCCUGCCCGUUGGAUGGUGCCUCCCACAUUCAGGUCCAACAAGGUUCCUGUUGUUCAGCACCCUCAUCACAUGCACCCGUUGACACCCCUCAUCACCUACAGCAACGACCACUUCUCCCCUGCGUCCCCUCCCACGCAUCUCUCCCCGGAGAUCGAUCCAAAGACAGGAAUCCCCCGGCCUCCUCAUCCCUCUGAGCUCUCGCCAUACUACCCACUGUCUCCAGGAGCUGUCGGACAAAUCCCUCAUCCCCUCGGCUGGCUUGUCCCACAGCAAGGACAGCCUAUGUACUCCCUCCCUCCUGGUGGUUUCCGGCAUCCUUACCCUGCCCUCGCCAUGAAUGCCUCAAUGUCCAGCCUGGUCUCAAGCCGGUUCUCCCCACACAUGGUGGCUUCUGCCCAUCCUGGCCUGCCCACCUCAGGAAUUCCCCACCCUGCCAUCGUCUCCCCCAUUGUGAAGCAGGAGCCAGCGCCCCCCAGCCUGAGCCCUGCAGCGAGUGCGAAAUCCCCAGUUACCGUGAAAAAGGAGGAGGAGAAGAAGCCGCACGUGAAAAAGCCUCUAAACGCCUUCAUGUUGUAUAUGAAGGAGAUGAGGGCCAAGGUGGUGGCUGAGUGUACCCUGAAGGAAAGUGCAGCCAUUAACCAGAUCCUGGGAAGAAAGUGGCACAACCUGUCUAGAGAAGAACAGGCCAAAUACUACGAGCUUGCCCGGAAAGAACGGCAGCUUCACGCUCAACUCUACCCAACCUGGUCAGCUCGGGACAACUAUGGCAAGAAGAAGAAGAGGAAGAGAGAAAAGCAGCUGUCACAGACACAGUCACAGCAGCAAAUCCACGAGGCAGAGGGUGCUCUGGCCUCUAAGAGCAAGAAGCCAUGUAUUCAGUACCUGCCCCCCGAGAAGCCCUGCGAUAGCCCUGCCUCCUCCCACGGCAGCACGCUGGACUCCCCUGCAACUCCCUCCACAGCCUUGGCAUCGCCAGCUGCCCCCGCGGCCACCCACUCGGAGCAAGCCCAGCCCCUGUCCCUCACCACCAAACCGGAGGCCCGCGCCCAGCUGGCUCUCCAUUCAGCUGCCUUCCUGUCAGCUAAGGCCACGGCCAGCAAUUCCGGCCAGAUGGGCAGCCAGCCCCCACUGCUGACCAGGCCUUUGCCCCUGGGCUCCGUGCCCGCUGCUCUGCUGACCUCUCCCCCUUCCUUCCCAGCCACCCUCCAUGCCCAUCAGACCCUCCCCGUGCUACAGGCUCAGCCUCUUUCCUUGGUCACCAAGUCUGCCCACUAAGCUGCCCCUUGUUCUAUGCAGGCUGUCUUGGGACUCCAAGUAGUUACGAUUCAGACAAGAGGAGGGGGGGGAAGAAAAAAAGGAAACAUUAUUGGUCAAUAUUUGACCACUCUGGACUGUUCUGUAAAGUGUCUGGUAACAGCAGUGCUUUACGAGUGUAGAUGUAACCAAUAGCUGAUCUUCAGGCUUUUUUAAAAAAAGAAAAAGAAAAAAACAAAACAAAAUCUUCCUUACCCCCCCCCCAAAAAAUAUCUUCACAAGAAAGCACUGAAAAGCAGUGUGUCGCUCGCUCGCGCUCUCCCCGUGCGCUGUGGUAGGUGUACCUGGGCAGAAGAUGCCUCUCUACCUCUUCUCUUCCUGACUUUCUGCCCUCCCCUGUCCUCGCCAGCCCCCGCCUGCCCCAGCUCCCCGCACCGCAUCUGCAACUUUGCGUGGCCUGGCCUGGAGUUCUAGCCUGGCUCCCCUUCCUCCGGGUCACUCCUGUUCCCUAGCGCAAAUUUUUGUCAUGCUUUCCACACCACCAGUUCAUGCCCUUUGUCCUCUGCCCAGCGUCAGGCCAUGACCGUGUGUGAUGACAUCUUGGCCUGACCGGUUCCCACCAGCCUCGCCCUCUUCCUCUUCCGGCCCCAAGGGGCCAGCCUCCAGCUGGUGGUGGGGAACAAGGUCCUUCCUCUGAAAAGGUCCCCCCACCCCUUAAAGGGACUCAAGGUGCCUCCAAGAAGUCUGUGUUCCUCUCUGGUGCCCAGCUGAGCUUUCCCACCUCGCAGUCUCAGAGUGGCUGGCAGGGCCCAGUCCCCAGUGUCCGACUCCUGUCACCUCAGUCUGUGCUGGUACAAUCUGCCCAAGUUCUGAGACCCUCUGCCCCGCCCACCUCACAAGCUUCUUCUGUGUGUAUUUCAUUUUGUUUUUAUGGUUUUUGGAGCAAUUUAAACUCCCAGUUUAUUUUCACAAAAGAAAAUAAAAAUUACAGUUGCAAGA